AUGCCGUCCGGCGUGCAUCCAGGAAACGGGGGAUGCAUUCAGGAAACGGGGGAUGGCAGCGCGCUGAGCAUACCGGUCUGCGCGCCAGUCGCCAGAACACUGGUCAUCUGCUACACUCGAGACUGUAGGCGCACAUCCAAGCAUGUUUGGCGUGCGAUUAGGAGGGCGCUCUCGCCUAUAAGUAGGGCUGUUUUUUCGCCCCCCCUCCUUCCAACUUUUUCCCUCAUCCUCAUCAUCCCUCACAACUCGUAAGUAUCCCCCGACCGGACUUCGAGACCUCACUUCCAUUCGACUCUUCACUGACCAUCCACUCUCGCCCUUGCCUCCCUUCAUCUUCACAGCUUUCGCGCAGGUCUUGGAUUCGACUCUCGCAACGCUUCGGUGAGUAACACGGGUCCAGUGAGAGUUUCGAAAGAGAUACGCAGCAGCGACCAUUGAGAUCAAGGUGUAUCUGUUUGGGAUACAUCGAGAUCGCUCUGGAAAUGUCACCUCGGUAGUCAACAACGGGUUGAACGUUUCACGGAAUCCCUGGGAGGUUGCUCUUAGCAAUGCGGUACUCGCCUUCCGCGCGGUGGGGAGGUGGGGUACCUCAGCGAUGGACGCUGUAUUGCCUGGUUAUCUGGGCGCUGCUUGGUGUCCCCGGUGUGGCAGAUGCACGGGUAUGAACAUCAAUGGAGCGAGCCUCCGUUGACAGGUAGGCUGCCCGUGUAGAUUGCCACGUCGCGGCUUUCAUCCUAAGAUGAAGGCGAUUGCUCUCAAUUUGGUUGGUCGGCAUAAGCUGACCAAGUCCCAUCUCACAGUCGAUUUCGCAAGAGCCCACCGGUUACCACCUUCUCACCUCGUCGUCAUCAUCCCUCCCAACUCGUAAGUAUUCCUCGCCUCGCCUUCGACACUGGAGUGCCAUGUCUUACACUGACCAUCCAUCCGCCCAUUCCUUCCCUUCGUCUUCUUCCACACAGGUUUCACUCACGACAACUCAAGUAUUGGUGAGUAAUCACGGGGUCUUUAGAGCGGGUUGCGAGUCGUGGAAGUCGCAAGACUGGCCCUUUGGGCCAGGGCUAUACGCCUCGAGAAAGACGUGCCACAAGGCAUAGAGUCGCUCGGGUAGUGGAAGAUGUCUAGGCGUUGCAGAAUUGGGCAGCCUUGAUGUCGCGCGCGACAGUGCGAAGACCAGGGCAAGUUCCACUCAUACGCAUGUGUGAAUCGAGUUCUUCCGAAACAAAGAUUCUGCUUUUGCAUCGACUGGUCGCUUUUCGGAAGGAUACACGUCGCAGUACAGUCGCCGUCCCGCUCAAAUAGAGGGUGGAAGCGCCUUCGCCGACUUGGAACUCGCUUGCAUGCCACUUUCUUGCAUUCAGUAGCUCGGUCAGCAUAAGCUGACCUGCCCGUUUCCCUGCACGCUUUCCAUGCAGAAAUCGUCCAGGCGAUAGUCAAUACAACCAGAUCGACAGCCCUGAAGACCUGCAAAAUGUCGGUGAGUCACACACUCGAGGAGAUUUCUAUGGGAGUUGGUGACGGCGGUAGGAUCGGCGUGGAACAGAGUUCGCAGUCGCCGUGUCGAAUUUUAUAAAUGCUCUGCGUGCGCGUGGAGUGGUGUUCACCGGUAGUGGUGCGGACUCCACGCCGAGAUCAUCGUUGGCACCAAUCGCCCUCGAUGCAACGACUCUAGGGCGCGCUGGGGACUUUUGGCCGGGGUACCCCCUCUUACUGGAGCCACGGCUUCGUGAGGCAAGGUAGAAGACCGGCCCAAGUCUCUUUCGCGUUCACUGAGUCGGAAGCUGGCGCACUUCGCUGCACCAGGUGCAAUAUGGUCAACACGUCGUUGACCACCUCUCCGUCUCUCUUUACUCUUUCACCUUCCUCAACGACCUCGGCCCUAACCAACAGCAAGACAACCAGGUGAGUCAUCACUACGACGCCCACGAUAGACGUCGACAAUGCCCCUUUGGCUCUACAUGCUACUGACCGCUAAGUGUCUGUUCCAUUUCCAGAGCGCUACCACCAGUGUUGCCCAAGAUCCCGUCCACAAUGUCAGUGCAGUACGGCCCAUGACAGGAGCGCGACAAGUGAAGUUGAAGACUGACUCCUCUGCGCUGUCUCUCUCUUUCUGCCGCCUCGCCCUCAUUCUCAACGCUAUCUUCCAUCUUCGACCUGUGCAUUGCUCUCCUGCUUCGUGGCCAUCUCACAUGCCAUUCGACCAUCAUGGUACGCUUCGCACGCCGCAUCUUCUCAUCUCGGUGCCCAUUACGGUGGUCUGCUGCUUGCUGUCCCCGCCGUCUGUCGUGCUAGGCAAAGAUCGCCAACGCGCCAACGCCAAUUACUGAGGUAAGCCGAGCAGCGCGCGAUUGACCUCUGCGCCGCAUAGCAAUGCGGAUACAGAAGAUUCAACACCUAGCGUCGCCCUAUACUGCGCUACAGGAUCAACGAACUUUGAUGCGUGAUGUCGCUGCCCACGUCAAGAUCGAUCCGAGAUAUCACGCCUUCAUUCGCUCGAUGCUCCCGGUGAGAAGUGCCCGGCUUCAACAUAUUUCGACGCCAGCAACGUUGGCUGACUCCACUUUCGUCGUCUUGGCAGAGCGAGUCUUAUUUCUGGACUUACGUCAACGUGCGUAAUUAGCGGCCUCGUGGCGAUGCAUUUCGAACAGAAACCAACGAAUGGGAAUUGACCGCGUUCAUCGACGCCUCCCAGUCAUAUCAUGAGGCUCAGCCUCGCGGAGGUUUGCGCACCAUCCUUGCGCUGCCGUGGCGUGCUGUUGGGCUCGUCAGCGGUCCGAAGAGCAUCCAAAGUGCUGUCGACCGCAUGGAGCACCAAUACAUGGUAAGGGUGCGGCUCUCGAAUGGGAUCGCAGUGCUGAUUGUGCUGACAAGGUCUCUAUCUUCACGCUCCUGGUCGCCGAAUCUUGCAGAGGAUCGGGCAAGCCUUGGUACAGAUGAGCGAGCGCCAGUUCGCCUUCGAAAGCCCGGCUAUAGGCGCCCUCUUCCAGGCCAACGAACGUCGCAAGGCGGACAUCGGCGAGCAGUACGCCACACGCUGCAAAGCUUUCGCAGAGAGGCUCGAGCUGUGCGCUCAAGAGGCUCACGACCUUCGCGAGUUCGAAGCUGCCAAGGAGCGUCUGUUGCGUUUGGUUCGCAGCGAAGCAGACGAGUCGCUGAUCUGCGCUGCGGCUCAGGCAAAGAGCGCUAUCCGCGGGCGACUGGAGGCCAACCAGCGCAACCUUUACUUUACCAAGGCCAUUGCCCCUGCGAGCGCAGCGCUCAUGCCCCUGCCAUCUGCAGCGCUCACGGAGCUGGAUGACGAGCAGGAGGUUGCUUCUGCCGACGAUAGCGGUGUUGAGGGUCUGGUCAGCGAGGAUGACUGCGGUGUAGAGGGUCUGGUCAGCGAGGAUGACUGCGGUGAGUCUCAAGCUACGCCUUGGUCACAAGCCUUCGUCUUACCUAUACUCCUUCACUACCUUAGGCAUUGAGCGCAGUGUCAAGCGUCGUACUGACGACUAG